AUGUCUGUCCUCCGUAACAUCAAGUCUCUUGCCCCCCUCCUGGACCGCGUCCUGGUCCAGCGCAUCAAGCCCGAGGCCAAGACUGCCUCCGGUAUCUUCCUCCCCGAGGCUGCCGUUAAGGAGCAGAACGAGGCCCAGGUCCUCGCUGUUGGCCCCGGUCUUAUUGACCGCGACGGAAAGCGUAUCCCCAUGGGUGUCAGCGCCGGUGACAAGGUCCUCAUCCCCCAGUUCGGUGGUAACGCCAUCAAGGUCGGUGAGGAGGAGUACACCCUGUUCCGGGAUCACGAUAUCCUGGCCAAGAUCAAGGAGUAA